GGAGGAAAAUCUUUGACACACUGAUUUGCUGCGACCAAAACAACUGGGGGAAGCAGGAUACCGGGGGAUGAGAGGGAUUCUGUCAUACGCAGAGCAAGCUUGCUAGCUAGCAAGCUAAUGUGUACCUCGCCAAUACACGAACGCUGGUGUCAGCACCCCGAACCGCAAGCUUGCCAGUCUGGUUGCCGAGGCCACGCAUGGAACCGGGGAGGCUGCGUGAGAAUCCCCCCGGUUCUAGAGACCCCGAGGCCGCGGACUGGCGAGAAGAGACUCGCGGCGUGGAGGCGGAGGAGAGGGACGGGACGCUGAAAACCAGGGGCGGCGGGCGUAGUGAUGGCCAACGGGAAAAAGGGUGCACAGAGACCGGCACCAUGGACAAGGACAGAGCUGAAGACGACGAGGAGGACGACCAGUACGAGGAAGAGCUGGAUCCUAGAAUCCAGGAAGAACUGGAACACCUGAACCAGGCCAGCGAUGAGAUAAACAAACUCGAGCUUCAGCUAGAUGAGGCAAGGUCCAGCUACCGGAGGAUCCUCACCGACUCUGCACGCAAGCUUAACGCUCAGGGCUCCCAGCUCGGGGCCUGCAUUGAGAAAGCCAGACCUUAUUAUGAAGCCCGACGACUGGCCAAAGAGGCCCAACAGGAGACUCAGAAAGCGGCUCUGCGCUAUGAGCGCGCUGUUUCCAUGCACACGGCUGCCAGGGAGAUGGUGUAUGUGGCGGAGCAGGGUCUCCUGGCAGACAGAAACACUCUGGAUCCCACCUGGCAGGAGAUGCUCAACCACGCAACAGCCAAGGUGAACGAGGCGGAGGAAGAGCGUCUGAGGAGCGAGAGGGAACACCAGCGGGUCACCCAGCUGUGCCAGGAAGCUGAGGCCCGUGUCCAGACCCUGCAGAAGGCUCUCAAGAGGGUCAUCCUCAAGUCCAAGCCUUACUUCGAGCUCAAGGCCCAAUUCAACCACAUCCUGGAGGAGCACAAGUCCAAAGUCAUCCAGCUUGAGGAGCGCGUGGCGAAGGUGAAGACCCGUUACUCCGUUGCCUUGCGCAACCUCGAACAAAUCAGCGAGCAGAUCCAUGCGCAGAGGGGGCGUGUCCAAGCCGCCAGGGAGCGAAAUAGAGCACGUGGCGGGCGGAGCUCCCCAGUAGGGGCAGAGGCUGAGGGCAUCAUACAAGCAGGGGCUUAUGGUGGGGUGGGGGUGAGCCUGAUGGAUAACGAUUGGGCAGAUCAGGAAAAAACUAGGCAGUGGGUGGAGAAGCACAGGGAGUCAGGCUGGGGGCAGAGGGAAAGGGGUGAGAGGGCAGGAUCUGACUCCAUGUCGGUCAUCAGCCUUCAGACCAUUGCCUCGGACCUAGAGAAGUGCGACUCGGUGGAGCACCUGGGUGACCUGAGCGAUGUUGGGAGUCUGAUCGGUGAGGAGAGGGGGCCCAGAGCCGCAGAGAGUGCUCUGGAGGGAGAAGGGGCGAACGUGUCUAGGCAGGAUAAAGAGAAAGAGAGGGGGCCAAUGGGGGCAGACCGUCCGCAGCGAGACAGGGAGAGUUUUGUUAAGCAGCACCACCGGAGCGUCAGCUUAUGAGAGGUGCGCCUCAGACCUACUCUGCUCCGCCUUGCUUGCAGCUUUCCACACCUCCCUCGCUGCUGGAUUUGUGGGGAUUAGGGGGCUAGGGGGAAUGUUUACCAGUCCAGACGCUUCCUCAAAACUGCUUGGCUGUCUUGGCCAUCUUCCCCGUGGCCAUGAACGGAGACAUAAUAGUGGCGGGAGUGUGAAGGGUGAGUGUGAAAACCUGCACGCAAAGGCCUUCGGGGCUCCUGCGCAACUGCUGCUAACACAGAUUGAAGUCAUUUAUAAUCGGUGAUAGAAGGGUGGAGAGACAGUGAUGUAAAGAGAACAAAACCUGCGUGGAGUUGUUUUGAGUUUAGGAUUCUACACCUUGCUAUUGUAACACUGCAGAGCAGAGGGGGGAUCUGAUACUCUUCUAAAUAUUAAUGAAUAACUUAGGAAGAACAGGGAAAUUUCAGUGUAUCCUCUGGGAAUUGUAUUUCCUGUGCUCUGAUCCUCUCACACUCUUUAUCUCUUAAAUCUGUCACUGGGAGAGAGACAGAAGGGAGUGGGAGAGUUAUGGAGAGAAAAGAUUGGAGUGCAAAUACAGUCUUAACGGACAGGCUGAAAAUAGAUCCCAGUGCACAUCGUGGAUCUGGGGGGAUAAAAAUAGUAUCAGCUGCACUGACCAUUUUCUCUGUGCUGUACCUCAAAGGCUCGUGUAUGGGAGAGAGUGAGAGAGGAAGUGCUCAGUGCUUUAUCUUUUCCGUCUACAUGUUUUAAUUCUGAUGCUCUUUCAUGCUUAUACAUUAAUACCUUCACUUCUCACUGGGGUCAGUUUCCCUGGUUAGUACCUUUACAUGUAAAUAAUGGAACGAUGUACUUCUGGUGUGUAAUUUGUUCGCUUCUGCCCAUUGUCAUGUUUUGCAACUUGAUUUAUGACUUUGGGGGGAAAGGUGGGUGUGUGUUUUUUUUUUUUUUUUUUUUUUUUUUUUUUUGUAUUUUGAGUGCCUUUGUUAUGUAUGUGUGUGACGUUGCUAAAUAAGCGUGAAGUUUGGUAUCAUCAGCAUAUUAUCUGGAGGUGCAGUCUUUGUGUGUAAAGAUUGUCAUGGCAUUCAUCAGCUCCCUGAGUAACAUCUACUCCCACAGUUAGUCUUUGUUUAUUUGAUUCAGUCUAUUUGAGCCACAUGGACGUAUUACACUUGAUUGCUGGAUAUUUUUAAGUAAUGUCUUCUCAUUUGUGUAUGAUAAAUACAUGUUUACAGGUAUGGUUUUGGAAUGGAAUAAUUGCAUGACUGGCAAAAGCAGAGUGCCGUGGACAUGAGGAGGUAUAUGGUAAUGUCUGUAAUGGAGUUGAAUGGUUUGAGGUGGUGGUGGGGGUAGCUGAUUGUUCCUAGUCCUCCAGUCCUUUGAUUUUUGGCCCUCUGCACUGUGUUAAAGGUCCUUUUCUUCUAAGAAUAGCUAACUUACCUGCACCUGUACCUGUUGUUCUCUUUUAAUUUACAUACGGUAGAGUAUAAAUGCCCUGGUCAGAUAAAGUCCUGCAGUACUGAUCAAGCUCUCUGUAUAUAUGAAGUUUGUCCAGUUGAAGUGUGAUAUAGGUAAAUAAUAUUUAUCAUAUUAAUGUAUUAAUUAUGUAAAUGUUAAUUUAUUGGACAGUUGAGGACAUUAAAACUUGAAUAUAAUGUC